AAUUGACUAUAUUUACAAUGUAUGGAUCUCUGCAAAGUUUAGGGUUUGUGCUCGAGAAUGGUAUGAGAAAAGUGACGGGAUUAAAUAUCCCUAAAACCAACUACUGGGAAACAUUUCUUGGAUGGGAAAUGUUUAAGUCAGUUUGGAAAUCAAGAGUUGUCGAUAUUACAAAGGAAAUGCGAAACGGACUGGAGGCACAAAAUGUUCCCUUGGUAACACCCGAUGGAAAGAAAUGUGUGCGUUUACUUGAUUUACUUCAAGCUGAGAGAGCAUUAGUCGUGUACUUUGGCAGUUGUAGUUGCCCAGUGUUUAUGAAUAAACUGAAAGAAUUUGGUGUUCUAGCUCAAGACUUUUCAGAUAUCGUGGAUUUUGUCGUUGUAUAUAUUGAAGAAGCACAUCCCAUUGAUGGAUGGUCUUUCAAGAAUAACUUUAUCAAAGUACGAAAGCAUCGAAAUCAAUAUGAAAGAUGCAAAGCCGCGCAAAAGCUACAAGAACUCAAUCUUCCAUGUCAAAUAAUGGUAGAUACAAUGGACGAUAAUGCAAAUGUGGCCUAUGGAGCGUUGCCUGAGAGACUCUACGCCAUCGAAGAAUGUAAAGUCGCAUACGUGGGUGGACAGGGACCAAUGAAUUCAUCAAUGAAAGCAGCACGUGACUGGCUAGAGUCAUAUCGCGAGAAAAACACAUUUAGAAGAUGGACAAUCUAA